AUGUCUCUUUCUCUACCAAUUAAUCGAGAAUGGUUAAAAGAUUUUGAGCUAAUAAAUUUUCAAAGCGCUUGCGUCGCUAGUAUAGUGCGGAUUUACUAUCUCCAUGUGUUCACAAACGCUAUUGAUGUCACUUGGCUUAUGGGCCCUGUGUUCAUAUGGUCUACUAUCGAGCCAUCGGUUGCAAUGGUUUGUGCUUGUCUUCCACAUCUUGCUCCGCUUGCUCGCCUUGCUCGACAAACAAUCUUUACCAGCCUUCAUUCGCAAAAAUCAAAGACUGGGGACUCAGGUCGACCCCACCACACUUUCGACAGAUCAGGCCAAGAGCCUCAAAGAAAGCUCAUCUUUGGAAGUGCCGGAGCAAAAUUCGACUAUGGACUGGCCCAGAUGAAGAAAGAUGCAAAUGACGAUGAGAUCGGGCUCACAAAUUACGUGACCACCAACCCUAACCAUACCAAGAACUCCUCUGUUGAAUCCGUGUCCGAUUACUAUCAUCAUGUACUGGGUCCACCGCCGGUCGGCAUGGACCUAGCUGAGAACCGAGCUGCUAAGGAUAAUGCAGUUGUUAUCACUCUAUGUGUUGUCGCGGUGAUCAGUGUAGCUUUGAGAUUCAUUGUCAGAUUAAGAGGACCCAGGCCUCGACCUGAGUUGGAUGACUGGCUGAUUGCGAUUGCUAUUAUUCCUUUGAUGGCUCUUCUCGCUGCAUCAGUUUUGGCAUCAAGAUGGGGAAUGGGAAAACACAUCUGGGCGGCAAGUAUUCAAAGAAUAGUGGAAAUGAAGAGGCUAUUAUUUGCUUGGAUAUUCGUGUACAUUUUCGAAUUAUUCAUUAUCAAAACUUCGAUCUUAAUGUUUUACCGACGCAUCUUUGGAAUGAACUGGAUGAUUUGGACAUGUCUUAUACUUUCGAUGCUCUGGGUUCUUGGAAGUAUGAUUGCACUUCUCGCCUGCCCAGACCCGAUUCCCUAUUUUUGGGACGAGACCCUUGAUCCCACAGCUGGAAGGUUUCGAUACAACUUUCAUAAUUACUAUAUCGGGAAUGCAGCAGGGAAUGUUGCCAGCGAUGUUCUAAUCCUUCUCGUGCCCUUCCCGAUAGUCUGGCGGUUAAAGAUGCGAGUCACUCAAAAGAUUAUGGUAUCCAGUGUGCUCCUACUCGGUAUCUUUGUCUGUGCGGCUAGUGCGGUGCGCCUGCAUUUUGUCAUGUAUCUCAACUCACCGGAUCUAACAUGGGCCAUGAGCGAUGUUUAUGUCUGGUCUGAUGUCGAGCCUUGUCUUGGUAUAAUCUGUGCCAGUCUUCCGGCCGUGCAGCCGCUCGUUCGAUCCGUGAUGAAAAUGGAAAAGUUUCUUUUCUUGCGCCAAAAGCUGCAUAUCGGAAAGCCACCAUCUCAUAGCCGAAUGGGUAGUAGCCACAGGCUCCAAAAGCGAAGCAGCUGUAGCAGCAAUACAAGCAGCCACUUAACGCAUGUGGAUAGCUUGGAUGGAAAAGGGGAGCUGGUUAUGCGACCGGAGAAUGAUGAGACGAGAUUGACAACUGUCAUCACCCAUAUCGAAUCCGAGCCCCGACAAAGGGCGAACCUGGAUGAACUCUUAGGUCCGGGUUUCAUUCGAGUUCAACAUGAAGUUGAGAUUAGCGUGGCAUAG